AUGGAUUGGUUGGCCAAUCAUGAUGUGAUAGUAAAUUGUGGUAGCAAGUAUAUUGAAUUGAAAUGUAUAGAUGGCGAAAUUCUCCGAGUUGAUUCAAGUGAGUUGAAUACACCACUGGUUAUGAUUACCUCAAUAAGGGCUCAAAAGUUUAUGAGAAAAGGGUAUGAAGCCUACCUUGCUUUAUUCCUGAAUACUAGAGAAUCCGAUUUGAAGAUUGAAUCGGUACCAAUAGUACGUGAAUAUCCGGAUGUGUUUUUGGAAGAGUUGCCUGGUUUGCCUCCUGUUAGAGAAGUAGAGUUUGGUAUUAAGCUAGUGCCAGGAAGAACACCUAUUUCUAUUGCCCUGUAUAGGAAGGCACUAGCUGAGUUGAAAGAGUUAAAAGCACAGUUACCAAGCUUUUUACCUUGGGAGUUAAGAGCUAGACCAACAUUCCUACAAGAAAUUUGCACAGCUCAGAUCAAUGAUAGUGAUUUACAGGUCAAGAGAGCACAAUGUGAGACAGGUGUUGAGUCAGACUUUUGGAUUGGUUCUAGUGAUUGUUUGAUGUUUUGGGAUAAGGUCUGUGCACCUAAAGACGAUGAACUUAUUUGGAAAAUUUUACAAGAGGCACAUGAUAGUCGUCUAUCUGUUCAUCCACGAAGUACCAAGAUGAUUGCCAUGGACUUCGUGACUGGAUUAUCGUUAACCCAAAAAAAGAAAGAUGUUGUUUGGGUUGUGGUUGAUAGACUAGCGAAGCCGACUCACUUCAUCUCAGUACGGACUGAUUACUCUCUUGAUGAACUUGCCGACUUGUACAUUUCUGAAAUUGUGAAAUUACACGGGAUACCGUUAUCAAUUAUUUCUGAUAAGGACCUAAGAUUCACUUUGAGAUUUUGA